GCCGGCGCUGCUUGCUCUGCUCGGGGAGGUUUCGGGGGGCGCCGGCGGAAGCGGAAGUGGCGGCGGGCGGGAUGGAGGAACCGGAGAUGCAGCUGAAGGUGAAGAAAGUGACGGACAAGUUCACCGAGAGCCUGUACGUGCUGGCCAACGAGCCCUCGGUGGCGCUGUUCCGGCUGCAGGAGCACGUGCGCCGCUCCCUGCCCGAGCUGGCCCAGCACAAGUCGGACAUGCAGAGCUGGGAGGAGCAGAGCCAGGGAGCCAUUUACACCGUGGAAUACGCCUGCAGCGCCAUCAAGAACAUGACUGACAGCAGUGUUUACUUCAGGAGCAUCGACAGCCUGCUCAAACACUCCAUAGCCAUGAAGGAGCAGCUCAACGGCGCCCAGGGCCGCAGCACCAUCACCCCCCAAUCCAAGAAUCCUCCAGGCACUUCCUGAUUUUUCCAUCCUGAAUUUCCCAACCUUGGGAAGAAGUGGAAAAACCUCUGGGGCUGCACAGGUAGAGAAGCCCCUGAAUUCCCAGGGGGGAAAAAAAAAAAAAAAAACAGCUGGAAAAUCCCAAAUCCUGCUUUUUGGGGCCUCUUUUCCAUGGAAAAACAGGGUGGGUUUGUGUUUCACCUUCCCAAUUUUUUUUUUUUCCCA